UUCGAAGUGGUACAAGUUUUAACAAAAAGAGAAUACAAGUGCAAGAAUUGAAGUUAUUGUGUUGAAGUGAUGCGGUAAACGUCCGUUUAGUCGUUACGCAAGUGCGUCAAAUACUGUAAGUGUCCGUUUUAUUUACUGUGAAAAGGAAAAAAGAAACAUUGCAACAUCUAAGGAGUGGCUGGCUAGCUGCAGGAACUUCACAACGGAACACAGGGUAGCAGUUUCUCAGCAGAUGUGUGGCGAGUGCAGUGAGAAGUGACUGCCGCCACAAAGCCGUCCUUGGAGGCAGUUCAGUGGUCCGCAGGCUGAUUGAAAAGGGAUUUGGACAUCACCGGUCGAACAUCAUGGGGAGGACGGCAGCUGGCGCGAUGUGGGCGGCGCUGGCUCUGCUGCUGGCGGCGUGUGGGGCUGCGCGGGCCCAGGACACCUCCACCACCCCCGCGCUGCAGCCGUGGCAGCCGCAGCAGGGGGGCGACUGGCCGAGAGGGCAACAGCCCUGGGACUCCGCCAGCAACGUCAUCAUACACGAGGCGACAUACUUUGUAAUUGCAAGUAGAAUGGUUCGACCGGGCCAAGUGUACAAGGUUGCAGUCAACGUGCUGCAGGCUCAGCAGCCGCUCACAGUGCGCGCCUCCAUCCAGAGGGACGGAGUUGAGCUAAGUGCUGACAGCAAAGAUGUCAAAGAAGGCAUUCCAGAGGCCCUGCUACUGAAGAUACCACCUACAAGUGUCUUUGGUGUGUACAAGCUGCGAGUGGAAGGCACAUACGAUAAUCUGUUGGGCGGCUCUGCAUUUGUAAAUGAGACUCGUUUAACUUUUUCCCAGAGGUCCAUGACUAUCUUUAUUCAGAUGGACAAACCUGUGUACAUGCAGGGCCAGACAGUAAGAUUCCGCACGAUUCCAAUCAGCACAUCACUCAAAGCAUUUGAUGGAGCUAUUGAUGUAUACAUGUUGGACCCCAAUAGAAUAAUAAUGAGAAGAUGGCUCUCUCGUCAGUCAAAUUUGGGAAGUGUAAGUUUAUCCUAUCAGCUGUCUGACCAGCCCGUAUUUGGUAACUGGACCAUACAAGUGACUGCCCAAGGUCAAGUUGAAGAAGCAACUUUUCUCGUUGAAGAAUACUACCAGACACGAUUUGAGGUUAAUGUGACAAUGCCUGCCUUCUUCUUUACAUCAGACCGUUAUAUUUAUGGCAGAAUUAUGGCAAAUUAUACAAGUGGUGGUCCAGUGCGUGGAAAUCUCACCAUUAAAGCUACUAUUCGCCCUAUACGGACAGAACGAAGGACACAACUGAAAGAUUUCCGACCCGUUGAGAAAUAUUUUACCUUCGAUGAAACGCUUCCAUUUUGGUUUCCAACAACAAAAAAAGAGUAUUACUCCAUACCUCAUCUCAAAUUUUUUGAUGGUGUUUAUGAUUUUCGAUAUGACAUGACAGAACUUGAACAAUAUGUCCCACAGUUGGAUGGUAUGGAAGUUGUUAUAACUGCAACUGUUGGUGAACAUUUUCUGAAUGAAAUUAUAGAUGGUUACUCAAUUUCGAGAAUUUAUAAUUCCUCAAUUAAAGUGGGAUUUCUUGGAGGCUCACCCCAAGUCUUUAAACCAGCAAUGCCAUUUACGUGUUAUAUUUCAGUUUCUUUUCACGACGGUUCUCUUCUGUCUCGUGAGCGACUUCUUUCAGGUAGAAUGAGUGUAAGGUCAAAAGUAAACAAACAAGGAUCAGGAGGUGGCUCAAUGGAUUUGAGGUUUCUGAAGAUGUCUGCUGAGAAGGAUGGUAUUUGGGAGUUGAAAGUGGACCUGAAAGAAGAACUAGGUUAUGAAGAUAAUGCCAGGUCACGACAGCUUUUGAAUGAAAUACAUUCAAUGGAGAUUACUGCAUACUUUGAUGAUGUUAACGGACAGCAAGCACAGGCCAGCCUACUUUUGCUGUCACAUUUUUCACCAAUGAACCAUCAGAUCAAAGUGUCAACGUCUACCACUGAUGCCAAGGUUGGAGAAUAUGCUAUCUUCCAUGUGCAGAGCAAUUUCUAUUUGGAGUUCUUUAAUUAUAUUCUACUAUCAAAGGGUAUAAUACUGCACACUGGACAGGAGAGAAUGCAGGACAAUAUUUGUAGCUUUGCCAUUACACUGAGUGCGGAAAUGGCACCUGCUGCCACCAUUCUUGUCUACUACGUCGGUCGAUAUGGGGAUAUUGUGGCGGACAGUCUCACAUUUCCUGUCAAUGGAAUUUCUCGAAAUAAUUUUACAGUGUUCAUCAACAACAGAAAAGCAAGAACUGGAGAGAAAGUUGAAGUUGCUAUUUAUGGAGAGCCUGGGGCUUACGUAGGCUUAUCAGGCAUUGAUAGAGCUUUCUAUUCCAUGCAGGCUGGUAAUGAGCUAACAUACGCUAAUGUACUGACAAAAAUGGCUACAUUUGAUGAGGAGACAAAUGGUACUUUAAUACAGACAUGGACAUCUCAUGCUGGUGACCCAGAUGAAAUAGCAUAUUUUCCUUCAUCCACAUUUGGAAUUGAUGCCAAUCGGACAUUUGAAUAUGCAGGGCUAGUGGUUUUCAGUGACGUAAUUGUGCCUCGUCGUCCUGAUAACUGUAACCUUACUGCCGGGUACGCAGAAUGCCUAAAUGGCCGUUGCUAUCGAGUUGAGAAAAGAUGUGACGGUAGAUAUGACUGUGAAGAUGGCACAGAUGAGGCAGGAUGUACAAGGGUCAAUCAGAAUGACUUGGCACUUUUCAGAAAGUUCAGAUUUAGCAGAAUACAGCGUCAAUAUGACAAUGUCUGGAUGUGGAAGGACAUUAACAUUGGUCCUCAUGGGAGGUACAUCUUCAAUCUGCGUGUUCCUGAGCGACCUGCUCACUGGAUGGUUUCAGCGUUUGGGAUGAGUCCAACCAACGGAUUUGGGAUGCUUCACAGGUCACUUGAGUAUGUUGGUAUACGGCCAUUCUUCAUAAAUGUUGAGAUGCCAAACACUUGUCGUCAGGGAGAACAGGUUGGAGUGAGAGUGACCGUAUUUAACUAUAUGACAACUGCCUUAGAAGCUGUUGUUGUCUUGGCUGGGUCACCGGACUAUAAGUUUGUCCAUGUGGAAAUGAAUGGUAUUGUAAGAUCUUAUAAUCCUAGGACAUCUUUCAAUGAACACCAGUUCUUCAUUUUCAUCAAGGCUCAAGAUGCAGCUGUUGUUUAUGUUCCUAUAGUGCCCACCAGAUUAGGUGACAUAGAUGUAACUAUUCAGGCUAGUGCUCUUAUUGGAAAGGAUUCAGUGACUCGUAAACUUCAUGUAGAGGCUGAUGGGUUGCCACAACAUAAGCACACAUCUGUACUGCUUGACCUCAGUAAUCGUGCAUACGUACUUCAGUACCUGCAUGUAAAUGUUACAGAAACACCAAUUAUUCCGUAUGAAGAGAGCCGUUACUAUGUGUUUGGUUCUAAUAAGGCAUUUGUCUCUGUAGUUGGUGAUGUGGUAGGUCCAAUAUUCCCUACAAUGCCUGUAAAUGCAACAUCACUGCUACAUCUACCAAUGGACUCUGCAGAACAGAAUAUGUUCAGCUUCGCUGCAAAUCUGUACACUACAAUGUAUAUGAGACUUAUCAACCAAAGGAACAGAACACUUGAAAAGCAGUCUUUCUAUUACAUGAAUAUUGGAUACCAAAGGCAGUUGUCAUUUAUGAACAAAGAUGGAUCUUUCAGCUUAUUCAGAAGUGACUGGAAUCAUUCUUCACCAAGUGUGUGGCUGACGGCAUUUUGUGCACGUAUGUUUCAAGAAGCUAGCUUUUAUGAGUGGGAAAAUUACAUUUAUAUUGAUCCUCAGGUCAUAUCCAGAUCAAUAGCAUGGAUUCUCCGGCACCAGACGAGGGAAGGCGCUUUCUAUGAAGUUACAUGGUUGCCUGAUAGAAAAAUGAAUAGUUCACUAAACUAUGAUAAUGAUGCUGUGAAAUUUCGCAACAUCUCACUCACAGCUCAUGUGCUUAUAACACUGGAGACUGUAAAAGAUCUUUCAGGGGGUCUGGGAUCUCAAGUUGCAUUUGCGCAAGGUAAAGCCAUACAGUGGCUCGAGCGAAAUCUGAAGUUAAUAGAUGAGCGAGGGGACCCGUAUGAAGUAGCAAUUGUGACAUACGCCUUGAUGUUGAGUAAAGCGUCGACAGCUGAAGCUGCAUUUAGCAUCUUAGCAAGACAUGCAAGGACAGAAGGUGGUCUGACAUACUGGGGCAAGAUAAGGGUACCACAACCUCCAUAUAAAUUAGAAAAUCAAAAGCCAUUCUUCUUGCCAAGGCUUCCAUACAUUUACGAUUCUACAAAUGUAGAGACCACAGCGUACGCUUUAUUGACAUAUGUGGCUCGUCAGGAGGUGAAUCUCGACUAUAUUGUGAAAUGGCUGAAUUCUCAGCGGCUAACAGAUGGUGGAUGGGCUUCAACACAGGAUACUGUGAUUGCACUGAAGGCUCUGAUUGAAUACACUACCAGGUCAAGGUUGCGUGAUGUAUCCUCACUAACAGUAACGGUUGAGGCAACAGCACUUCAAGGAGAACGUAAGACACUGUAUGUUCAUGAUACCAAUAUAGCAAACCUUCAAAGAAUAGAAAUUCCACAUGCUUGGGGAACUGUUAAAGUUCAGGCUAAGGGAGCUGGUUAUGCUAUACUUCAAAUGUCUGUACAGUAUAAUGUAGAUAACCCCAAGUUCCAGAUACAGCCGCCUGUGAAAGCAUUUUCAUUAAGAACAAGAGCUGACUUCCAUGGCCGAAACCAGUCACAUAUUACUUACACCAGCUGUCAGAGAUGGACAAAUCUUAAUGAGUCUGUUAGGUCAGGCAUGGCUGUGUUAGAUGUGGCAAUACCUACUGGUUAUAUAAUUCAACAACAGAAACUUGAUGCAUAUAUUCUUUCAAGACAAGUGCGGAAUUUGCAGAGAGCACGUUUCUUGGAACAAAAAGUUGUGUUUUACUUUGAUUAUUUGGAUCACACAGAUACUUGCAUCAAUUUCACAAUAGAACGAUGGUAUCCGGUGGCAAAUAUGUCUCGUUACCUUCCGAUAAGGGUUUACGACUACUAUGCUCCAGAACGCUUCAAUGAAACAGUAUUUGACUCACUACAGACAUAUUUGCUAAACAUUUGUGAAGUUUGUGGAAGCAGCCAGUGUCCUUACUGCCCUAUCUACAAUCUGGCGACAACUAUAUCUGUGUCAUUUACGGUCCUCAUUUUCACAAGCAGCAUAAUUCUACUGAGGCAUGUGUAUUCCUUUUCUCAUCUGUAACAAAGAGACAGCCUGUAAAGGCAGAAAGAAACACAAUUGGCAGGAUGCAGAAACAUUUGAAGUUUUGCAUUUAGGAAUUGUGAGGUGUCACAGUGCUACAGCAAUGACAGUUUUUUAAACAGAUAUCUUCCAUUGGGUGUAGGAGCAGCAAGCUAAAGGAGAGAAUUUUGUAUUGGAGACCAAAGUUGUUGAACUGAUGUAUUUCUCAGGUGAUGUACACAUAUAAGACUAUGUGGUGAUGGUAGCUUUGAUGUAAAGAGCUAUUAAUUGUUUGGAGUCAUGAUUGGACAUCAGGAGAAUUUAAAAAUAUUAGAAAGUUUCAGUGUAAGCAGCAUAUUGAAUACACUUACCUGAAGCUUCAUUUUUCUCAUGAAUGAACCAUUGUAAUGCCCAACGUGGAUUUUAUUUUCUCCUGUGAUCCAGAUUUGAUUUAUGAUAUUGUGGGUACAAAUGGAUGAUAAAACCUUCUAUAAGUUUCUGUUGUAUGUAAAAAUACAUGGUUUGAACUUAAAACUGUAACACAUUUAAGUUUCAAAUUGUAAUACAUUUAACAUGCUUCAAAAUAGCUUUCAUGAUAUGACUGGUGGAUGUUUGUGAUAUAAAUUGUGCUGAUGGUACAUGUGUAUUUAUAAACAAAAGUGUGUGCACUGCACACAUUAUUGAGGGGGGGGGGGGGGGGGGGAGUUAUGAGUGUGAAGAUGCGAGGUACAGUUUUUGUAACAAACUAACUGUAUUUAACUGAUGCUUAUUUGGUUUGAACAGUACACGCAAGAGUACACUGUGUUCGUGCUCUUUGCUCUCUUCACGUACAAGUUGGGUAUCACAUUUAAGGCUCAGCACAUUAUUUAAGGUCUCUCCAGUGACUUAUGGAAAUAAGGUCCAGAAUACCUCUUUGAUUCAGUUAUGCAGUCAUUUAUUCAUCUUAAAAAGCUUUUUCAGCUAUUUAUCCAUGUUUAUACUACACUAAUUGCCUAACUUCUGUGAAGAAAAUCAGUGUUGUCAGCAGAGUGAAACUAUACUAAGUUGUAUGUAACAGAGUUGUUUUAUAUCUCAUAGUAUAUUACCAGUUGGCACAUCAGUGGAAAUUUUAUUUUUUUGAUAGAGAAAUUUUGUGAUUUCACAUAGAUGUCUCAAGCAACUAAGAAAUGAAGACCACAGAAAUAUGAAAUGUUAAUCGCGGUUAUCAUAUAUCUUAGUGUCAGUGUUUCUGAGAAUUAUAUGCUAAGACUUAUUGGCAUGUGCAUUUGUAUGCCAUUUGUGUGUGUGCAUCUGUGGCUUCAGAAACUUGUAACAACUAAGUUUAUUCUGUUUACUUGUAAACAACUACUUCACACUGAACAUACAAAUUUAGGUUGCUUAAGUAGGAGCUGCAUUAUUUGUUUCAGUUUCGGAAAAUAGACAGUACUAUGUCCACUGUAAUAUGUAGUGCACAGUUAACACAAACUUUUGACUGCCAGAAAAGACAUGACAUUUCAUGCAUGUGUUGACACGUAAUAGAGAAGUGAGGGUUGGAAGAGGUGGGCUUAAUGAGGACAGGCAGCCACUGACCUACAGAUUGAAUAUGGGUGGUUCAUAGACACACAUUAACAUUUAAUAUUAGCUAACUUUCAAAAUUUUGUUCGUAUGUAAAAAAUUAUCCAUAUUUCAUGCGUAUUUAAUAGUAUGCCUGCCCUAACUUUAUUUAAAUGGGUUUUCCAUCAUGGAAUUUCAGUUAAUAUCAUAAAAGUGUGUAAGGAAUAACCCUUACACUGUGCACAUACGAAAAUGAGAAGUUUAACUGAAAAUGAGAAAUUUAAUUGUAAAUGAGAAAUGUAAUUGAAAAUUAGAAAUUUUUGGUAUUAGGGAAAGUUAUGUGACAAAAAGUCUAGGUGAUAGAACAUGUUUUGAUACUUUUUUGCUUUUAAUAGCAUCAUGUAAUUGCAAAAUCACCUGUCUCCCCCCCCCCCCU